AUGAUAUCGUCAGUACUUAUUUUAUACGCAAUAUUAUUUGUGCAAGGAAUUCAAGCAUGGGGGUAUGGUGGUUAUGGUUAUCAUCCUUUUGGUGGUUAUGGUGGUUAUGGUGGUUAUGGCGGUUACGGUGGUUAUGGAGGAAUGUAUUCUGCACACAGAGGUGCACAAAUCGGUGCCGCACUUGGUUCGUUGGCUACAACUUUUGGUAAAAAGAAAUGA